ACAAAUUUUGGCGCCCAUUUCGGAGUAUAAAUAAGCAAGUGAAAUGCAACAUGACCAACACACUACCCACAACUGGGAAGCAGAAAUGGUGAAGACGAAUUUGCUGUGCCAGCUUUUGCUGGUGAUGUGCUGUAUAAGUCUAGUGGUGGUCAGCGCCAUGCCGCAGAGAUCGUCGAGAAGAAAAGAUCAGGACAGCGAAGAGAGCUGCGAAGACGGUCGUUGCUCUAGGCCUGGAUUACGUAACGGCGACUCAGAAGAAAUUUCCUUUAGAAAACCAGGCUUCCUUCCGGUAGGCCGACCAAGAAGGCCGAGUUUGAUCAACGCUGGACCUCUAAACCAGCAAAAGAUUGACACUUCCUUGGGAGCUGGCGGCUUUUUCGAUCCAGCCGAUCCAUCGACCGGAGAGGCAGCCUGUCCAACCUGUACCGGAGCCACUGGAGCCGCUGGAGCAAACAGAAUAGCCCCGUUGAAAAAACUAACUUUUGGAGGUCUCAUAAUAACUCCCGGAUCAGCAGAUCAAGUAGAUCCAUCCGGAGUGGCGUGUACAAAUUGUGCAGCAGGCGGUACAGCGGGUGGUCCAGGAACGGGUGGUCCAGGGACGGGCGGUCCAACCUCCACAGGGGCUGCCACCGGCUCGGAAAAUCUUGCAGUUCCAUUAACCGGAGUAGCCUGUCCAACCUGCACAGCCACUGGAGCAACUGGAACAAGGAAAACAACUGGAACGACAGGAACCGCAGGAACAGCAGGCACAACUGGAACGACAGGAACAGCAGGCACAACUGGAACAACUGGAACAACUGGAACGACUGGAACGACAGGCACAACUGGAACAACCUCCAUAAGAAAGCCAAGUUUGGGAGGGGCAGGUGGGACGAUAAAUACCGUCUCCGCCAAUCAAACCGAUCCAGCAACCGGAGCAGCCUGCACAACUUGUAAAGACGCCGGAACAGUCGGUGCAACUGGAACAGCCGGAACGACAGGAACAGCUGGAACGACAGGAACGACAGAUGCAACGUCUACUAAGAAGCCAGGCACAAUAGAUACGAGCCGAAUCAGAAAACCCGGUUCGGCAACCGGAACACCUUGCACAAACUGCACAGCCACCGCAACAGACGUCGCAACCGGAACAACUCCGACAAAGAAGGAAACUCCUGGCACGACAACUACUCCUGCAGAUCCGUCAGUACCUUGUCCAACGUGUACAUCCACCGCCGGAACAGCCAACGCAACUGCAACAACCGGACCAACACGUAUUAGGAAGCCAAGUACCGAUUCGUCGUCAGUCGCACCUUGUGCAAACUGCACAACUACAACAACAACUACAACCACCACUUGCACAACCUGUACAUCCAACGGAACAGCCCCUGUUGAGGGUUCCAGUUUGACCAAGAAAGCAGCUGAAAUUAAACUUCCGAGUUUCAAAAGCGACAUGAAGGAGAUCACUAACACCUCUUUGGUAGAGACAGUCGACCACAUUCAUUUUGAUUACGAUGAUCCCAACAAAUGGAAGGAACACAAUUCCUUGUGCAAGGGACCCCAUCAAUCGCCCAUCGACAUUCAAACUCGAAAAACCAUUUUAUCAUCUUACCCCGAUUUCACCUUUGUCAACUACGACAAAUCUUACCCCGAGAAUUUGGAGAACAACGGACACACUGUUCAGCUGAGCAUCGACAAAUUAAUUACGGACCUGCCUUCCAUUUCCGGUGGAGGUUUGGACGGCACCUACCAAUUCGCCCAGUUGCAUUUCCACUGGGGCGAAGGAAUGUUUGGCAGUGAACACACCAUCGACGGAAAACAAUACGUUGCGGAAGUUCACAUCGUCCAUUGGGAUACGAAGUACGGCAAUUUCGUCAAUGCCACCAAGCACAACGACGGAUUGGCUGUCCUGGGAGUCCUGGUGGAGUUGCAAGCUCGAGACAACAUUGCUUUCCGCCAUCUCGAACAAUUCGAGAAACUCAUGGAUGUCGGAUGCGCCAAAACCGACCAGUUGUCCUAUUCCGUCCCAAUUGCCGAUCUCCUUCCGGACAGCACUACAAGCUUCUACCGAUACGCAGGAUCUUUGACCGACGCCAGGUGUAACGAAGACGUAAUCUGGACGGUAUUUGACACCCCGAUCGCCAUUUCCGAAAGACAGUUGGCCAAAUUCCGACUCCUCACCGACGACCAUGGGCGGAAGUUGACUAGGAACGUCCGUCCAACUCAGCACAGUCACCGGCGAACUGUCAUUUACAAUCCGCCACCACGACGGGUGGCCUGAUUUAUUAAUAAUCUUUUACGCUAAUUUGAUUGGCCGGUGCACAGAUAUUGUACGAAUCUAACCCAAAUCUCUGAUCAUUUUGCCAAUGUUUUUGCCAAACCUUUUGACUGUGUGUAUCUAACAAUUUUAGAUGUUAAUCUACCUGUAAGGGCAAUAAAAACCUAGGUGGGAACCCCAUAGUUCCCCAGUUGUAACGAA